UAAUAUUGUAUGGGCUAAUGGAGUAUUGCGUACCCAACCUGAACAGGUGCACCUAUCAUAUGGAGCCAAUGCCACUCAGAUGAUAGUCACGUGGACAACAUUUGACGCCACCAAUGGAUCGGUAGUUGAAUUCGGUAUUUCCUCAUUGACUGAUCGAUUUGUAGGUCACCAUAAAUUGUUCAUUGAUGGUGGCAAUGAAAGUCGACCUAUUUAUAUUCAUCGAGUAGUGCUCAAACAUCUGAUACCGGGAACCACCUACAUGUAUCACUGCGGCAGUACUGAUGGCUGGAGUACUGUCUUUUGGUUUACUACUAUGAAAGAGGGCAGUGAUUGGAGUCCCAGAUUAGCAGUGUUCGGUGAUUUAGGUAAUGAAAAUGGACAGUCAAUACCCAGACUACAGGAGGAGGUCCAGAGAGACAUGUAUGACGCCGUCUUACAUAUUGGUGAUUUUGCCUAUGAUAUGGAUUCGGACAAUGCUAGAGUCGGCGAUCAGUUUAUGAGACAAAUAGAGCCGAUAGCAGCUUAUGUGCCCUAUCAGGUGUGUCCCGGGAAUCAUGARUAUAAAUACAAUUUCUCCAAUUAUGACAAUCGUUUUUCAAUGGCCAACAGUAAUACCGGUUCAAUCAACAAUCACUACUAUAGCUUUAAUAUAGGACCGGCUCAUAUCAUAUCACUGUCCACUGAGUUUUAUUACUUCAUAGAAUACGGAUGGAAACAAUUGGUUUAUCAAUACUAUUGGCUAUUAGAAGAUUUACGAGAAGCUAAUAAACCUGAAAACAGAUUAUUAAGACCAUGGAUUAUAACAAUGGGACACAGGCCUAUGUAUUGUAGUACAGAGGAUAGAGAUGACUGCACACAUAAAGAAUGCAUUACAAGGAAAGGGAUGCCAAUUGUGCAUACAUUAGGUUUAGAAGAUUUAUUCUAUGAGUACGGCGUCGAUCUGGAGCUCUGGGCUCACGAACACGUCUACGAAAGAAUGUGGCCGUUAUAUGACCGCCAAGUUUACAACGGUAGCACUGAUGAACCUUAUACUAAUCCACCCGCACCCGUACAUAUUAUCACUGGAUCGGCGGGAUGUAAGGAAAGACACGACUCGUUUGUGGCAAACCCUCCGCCGUGGAGUGCUAUAAGAAUUGCCGAUUAUGGCUAUACAAGGAUUCAUAUAUUGAAUGGCACCCACCUAUCACUGGAACAGGUGUCCGAUGAUAAGAGUGGACAGAUAGUCGAUAGCAUUACUAUUGUUCAGGAAAAACAUGGAUUAAGACAUAUCAACAAAACUAAUCAUUUUUAA